GUAGACAGCUGUUGUGUCACCGACAAACGAACGUCCUAAUCCGGAGAUUCGUUUGUGCGCUGGGUGGGUUGGAUAUAAGUGCCCCUCCUGGUGCGAUUACACUCCAUCGUCGCCGCUUGCAGACAAACCAAUUCUCUCCCAAGCCGAGCUCACAAUGCAACCCUCCUUUCUGUUCCUCCUCUCGCUCGCAUCCUGUCUCUUGAGCGCCUCCGCCGCACCUAUGCCCAUGCCCGGCUCCGCACUACGUCUGAAGCAGAGCCGUUCCGAUGCCACCCUUCUCGAGCUCCCACGAUCGCCAGAACCCGAGCCUGAGCCGGGAUGCCGGCUUACAAACUGCAUCUGAUCUCUCUGGGCUUGCUCGCUUCGCAUUCAUCUCUCCCGUUCGCGACUUCCUCAUCGUCUCGUGCAUUCAGUCUUCGAUUCCCGCUCUCCGAUUUGCCGGGGGAUCACUUAUACCUGCACAUAUCGCUGCGCUGCGCUGUAUCAUUAGACUUGGUGCUACUAGUAACAUCACCCGCACCCGCGUCUAGUACGCUUUCCACCUUCGCAGACGCCACAACCUGUUUUGUAUUUUUACGUGUUGAAUCGAU